AGAGCAAUGAGAAUUCAUCGAAAUAAAUUAAAUAGAAGUUUUAGCUUAAACACUGAUAUGACAUUUCAUUCUAAACAGUUUAUAUCGCCAUUCUCAUACAUUUUGUAUCCCCUGACGGCAAGACUACUCAACAACAGAAGUUUUAUUUCACCCAAAAAAUAUAUGCGAGCGAUGUUUCCAAUUUAUAUCGUGACGACUGGAAACACUGAAUCAGCAACACGCCUAGAUAGAGUUUAGGGUUGCUGGAAAAAUAAUUGAACCGAUUCGUACAUAAAGUAUCACACAAGCUAAUGGCUCACUCAGCGUGGUCCAAAGAUAAAAUCAAACAGUUGAUUGAACUUUUGCACGAUGCACCCGCCUUGUGGGACAUCAAGAGUAGAGAAUUCCACGAUCGAGAAAAGAAGGCGGAAGAAAUGCAGAACAUUGCAACUCGUUUAAAUGUUUCUGAAGAGGAACUUGCCAAGAAAAUCAAGUCUAUUAAAACUCAGUAUCGGAGGGAAUACACCAAACAACUUCAGCAUGAAAAAAAUGGUUUAUCUUCUUCAGCUAGAGAAAAAGAAUGGUUUGGAUACAGACCAUUAAGUUUUCUGCGUAAAAAUAUAACUUCGAAAGAAACUGAUAGUCCAGAUCAAGAAGACACAGGCGAAGAAGAUAACGAAGAAAAAGAUGAUGCUAAGAGCAGUGAAUCAUCUAGUGAAGCGGAGAAUUCAGUUGCGUGCCCUACAGAAAAGACAUAUUUAAAGGCUCGUAUUAAUAGAGAGAAGAUUCAACUCCCAGGAUCAAAUAAUCAGAAUUUAAAACGAAAAAUACACGACGAACUAUUUAAUUCUACACCUAAACAAAAUUCCCCGCUUCGGGGUCAAGAAAUAAAAAACCAUCUGAAAGAUGAUUUGCAAAUAUACGGUGAAAACGUAGCAAGCAGAAUGCGAAAUUCCCUGCAAGGCUAUCGUGAGAUAGCUAUUGCUAGACAUGAAAUAGAUAAAAUUUUAUUCAGAUUAGAAAUGGGUGAAUUUCGUUGAGUUCUUCGCUGUUUUGUGAUUCUGCUCACCUGUAUUCAAAGCAUUACCCUUUUAGGUUUCUUUUGCGUAAGACAAUCUGAAUAGAAAGCAGAUUGCAACAGUUAACAGCUUGCUAAUUGAUUGCUAACAGCUUGCAACUAGCAUAUUAUGAAUGUAUAUUUCAUAAAAAAAAUUAUUGCAUCUAAAUUCCAAUUAAUUUUGUUGGCAACACAUUUUUCCUGCUACGAACUUUUUCAGAAGAAAAUUAUUUGUUUUACUUUCGAAGAGCUGAAAAAAUAUGGCGUUUCUUCAUUUAAUAUUUUACAUUACAGCGGAUUAGAAAAAAGACUGAACAUAUCCAGGCCUGAAUUAUUCUUGCAACUGGCAUAACUAUCAAUAUUUGUACAAAUGAGUCAAAUAUCGAAGCCAAUAAUUCAUUGUUUCUUUGCACUGCAUUUUUUUCCCCAUAUGUUUGUAAUGGUUGUUGAAAAUCUAAUUUAUUUAUUCAUCUCAAAAGGCUAUAACUGUUUUAUCUGAUUAUUUUCUAAUUAUGAAUGUUUUCCGUAGCCAGAAUGGAUCUGUUAUUUGAGUCAUCAAUAAGUCAUUUUUUUUAUUAAGACGGUCAGUUAUCUAAAAAGUAAAAUAAACGAGAUAAAAAAAGGCUAAAAAUUCAAGAGUUGAAUGUCUAACAAGAUUUGAAAUUGAAGAAUUAGACUCCUAUAUUGUAUAAUACAUAUAAUCAAUCAAUUGCCAUUGCAUGGCGAAAAUAUACGAAUUAAUUUUUAUAUCUGUAUGGUUGUUACAAAAAUGUGUAGUUCCUUUAUUUUGUUGAUUACCUUGACUAUUUUAAUGUUCUUUUUAAAAUGAUAUGCUUCAAUUGUUGAAAAUGGUUCAGUUAAGAUAUGCCACUAAAUAGUGCCGCAAAUUAUAUAACGCUAUUGUUUUACUUGCAUUCUAUAAUUGUUUGA